AUGAUGAAUUUUGGAUAUUCUAAACCCGCAAACUCGUUUGUUGCAUCGUUAUCGCCGUACCAAGGUCAAGCUUCAUUGGCCGCGUCACCGCAUUCAUCCCCAUCAACACGAUACACUUGGCAGGAUAGCACCGCCCUAUGUCCACAUCACCUCGUAAACAAACGAUUCCCAUUAGACGCGACUAGAUCCGCAGGCGGCCAAUUCCCUGCCACAUCCCACUCUCUAUUUCAUCCCGUCGCCGCUCUGAAAAUUCACACUCCCACCGGCGUCACACGCAACCCCCCUUCCCCGUCCCCCCCUUUCGUUCAGGGGAGCCACCACCUUUCGUUAAUUCCGCCGCCCCAACUGCUCAACCGCACCGACUUGUCCCCCGUUUCCUCUCCGACCCACCGCGCCAACCUGCGCGCAGCUCGCCAACCCCUCCCCCCCCCCCCCCCCGCCAUGGACAACACCGCCGUCGCCGAGCACUACAACAAGCGCAAGGGCGACGGGCGCCAGGGCCGCAAGCGCAGCCGCAUCUACCGCAUGCGCCAGUUCAACAACUGGCUCAAGAGCGUCCUCAUCGCCCUGCACACGCGCCCGGGCUACUCGGUCCUGGACCUGUGCUGCGGCAAGGGCGGCGACCUCAACAAGUGGGUCGAGGCCGGCAUCACCUCCUACGUCGCCUGCGACGUCGCAGAGCUCUCCGUCAAGGAGGCCGCAAACCGCUACAACCGCCUGUCGCAGGCCCCGUUCCGCCCCGUCCUGCUCGUCGGCGACUGCUUCGGCGUCUCGUUGGCCGACUUCGUCCCCUCGCAGUCCCGCUUCGAUGUCGUGAGCUGUCAGUUUGCCGUACAUUACGCUUUCGAAUCGGAGGAUCGCGCGAGAAUGUUGCUCAAAAAUGUUACCGACCGCUUAAACCCGGGUGGCUUUUUUAUUGGAACUACCGUCGACGCUAAUGUCUUGGUCCGCAAAGUCCGCGCUGUGGAUGGCGAUGAGAUUUCGUCAAGCGUUUACAAGGUUAAGCUGGAUGAACGUUUUGCCACCAAAAGGUUUGCAAGAGGCAACGCCUACGGCAUUCGCUACUUUUUCACUCUGGACCAGAACGUCGAGGACUGCCCUGAGUUCCUCGUCCACUUUCCCACAUUUAAACAACUCGCUCUUGAGUACGACCUCGAGAUCUUGAUGCAGUGCAACUUUCACGACUUUUACAAAGAGUUCACAGCUGACAACUACGAUGACUACCGCAACUUAUUCCGGACCAUGAACGUGGUGGACGAGACUGGCACCAUGUCGCCCGACGAGUGGGACGCCAUUUAUCUGUACACAGCAUUUGCAUUCAGGAAAAAAGGGAAGCCCAGCGCAGGGGCGCCUUCAUCUCAAGUCGACGCCAAGGCACGGCCACCCGUUUCCGAUGAAGAAAUCAUCUUCAUGCAACAGCCAUAA